GUUGUUAUGUUAUUAUUUGGGUGCCAGUCACUUGGAGGCACAUGUUCAAAACUCACGACAAACUUUCUACUAAUUGUUGUUAGUUCGAUAUCUUUUGUACGGCGAGGGAAUUAAUUGUUCUGGGUAAGUGGCCCACUGGCAAGUCUCGAUUGUCGCCCGCCCGGUGUCGAAGAGUUGGGAUACUGGAGACGAAUUGGGGAAACAGAUUCUGAUUUAAUCUGCGUAUUUCAGGAGGAAUAAGCACAUACCAUACGUAAUACGAACGGAAAUAAUGGGCGAAAAGAAGAAUCAUUCUCCGGCAACGACUCGCUAACAACACAUCCUGCAAGGUCGUGAGUCGUUUCGACAAAAUCGACCAAAGAUGGACGUCGUUCUCAGAAUACAACGAAGACUCGACACGAAAUGGGUCAAGACAGACCUUCAGAAAUUAUUAGACCCCGAUGGCCUUGCGUAUUUGUGGAACGAAAUGGUAAAGGAUGGAGAGAUUACUGGUUCUUUCAGUGAUGGCCUUCUUAAUACUGCUGGGAUCACGGCCAGAAAGGGAGAAAAUGGACACUAUUAUUGUGGCAUGCGUGUUCUUACGUGUCCUUGUUGUGAUGGGAUUUGUGGUCCUCAAACGGGAUGCAACUGUGGGCCUUGCCAGAAACUGGACAAAGAAGAGGAGACAAGAAGAUUUUCCAGUGCUAAUCCUGUCAUUAUUUCCUCCAUGUUACAUCAAAGUUGGACUUGGGGAAAAAAACCAAGUUCCAUUGAACUUAAAGACUGUUUAGAAGCAUUAGUUAACGAGCAGAAAUUUGGGGGAUUGGAUCAUGCUAGCAAUUCCCUUUUCACAAAAUCAUUGUGGAUUCGCCUUCUCAUUUGUUAUCGUUUCUAUGCAGCAUUAGCCAACCAAGAUUGCCCACCUUUGAAGUUAACCAAGACUAAAACAAACUCCAAUUUAGUAUUGAAAGACUGUAAAAAGCAACAGAGAACACAGAGUCAGCCAGAAGAUGCUACUCGUGGUUUAGCUCUAGUCGGAUGCCGAGCAGCUUUGAAUCUAGGAUUCGCAGUGUUACGAAGGUCAUGGCGGAAUGGGGAGGAUGCCGACCUUUGCACUGGGAUUUUAAGAGAAACUUUAGAUGCCUUAAGAGUUUUACCAGUAGCUUCUGUCUUUGAUGAAACGAGUAUCAGUCCGAUUUGGCUAGAAGCUGUGGAAAAAUCGGAGAAAUUUCUUCAAAGCAUUGCUAGCGGAGAUAUCGGAGACCAACCAUCAAACAGUGUUCAAAUUCCCCUUUCUGAUCAGCAUUUAGCGUUAGGCAUAAUUUUAGAACUAGCAAUUCAACGUGGGAGUUUAUCAAAAUUACUUGAAGGUGUGCUUUUACUACUCCAAAUCUGGCAAACUCGUGUAAGGGGUCCUUCAUCAAAUAACAAACUCUCGAAAAAGGCAGUUGCUCCGUUAGUUCCAUUUAUAAGAAGACUUGAAGACAUUUUACCUGCCAAAUCUAAAUUAUCUUCCGAGAAAGAUUGUCAAGACGAAUCAAUGUGUCUUCCAGAAAUGUUGACCGUCACGGAAUCGUUUCUGCACUACAAUAGGGUACCUCAAGAUGAAAAUGCUUUGAUUGAUCUGAAGAAAUCGGCGGUCAUCAUUAUGUCACACCUCGACCGUCUCGCUUCACCGUACAAUCCAACUCCUAUAUUUUGCAAGUCUCCUUUCCGUGGACAUUGGCAAGAAGUUUUCACAAUGGGCUGCCUUGGGUGGGGAAGUAUGCACAAUUUAGGGAUAAUGGGUCCCCAACAAUGUGAUAUCCUUAGCGAGUUGGGCGUGAAGCAAAUUGCAUGUUCUGAAAGAUCUCUUUUAAUACUCACACAUCAGGGGAAAGUUUACUCAAUGUACUAUACUUCUGAAGCUCAAUGCCCUCAAUUAGUCGAAGGCUUUGGAGAAAAGGAAAUAAUUAAAGUUGCCACUUAUCCUGAUGGGAAGCAUUAUCUUGCGUUGUCAAGUGAAGGCGAAGUAUAUUCGUGGGGUUGUGGCGAAGGCGGACGGCUGGGUCAUGGGGACACAACGUCAAAAGAUGAACCAACGAUAGUGUCAGUCCUUUUGGGGGAGACAAUUGUAAAUAUUGCAUGUGGAAGCACGUACAGUGCGGCAGUAUCACAAGCUGGAGAGUUGUUCACUUGGGGCCGAGGAACAUACGGGAGACUUGGUCACGGCAGUAGCGAAGAUAUCUACAUACCCGAAUUAGUUGUUGGCUUAAAAUGGCAAAAGGUUGUUGAUGUAGCCUGUGGUAGUGGGGAUGCACAAACACUUGCUGUAACCAGCACUGGCCGUGUAUAUUCUUGGGGAGAUGGCGAUUAUGGAAAACUAGGUCGAGGUGGAAGCGAAAGCUGCAAAGUUCCCAAACUUGUUGAUAAAUUAGAGGACGUUUUUGUUGAAAGGGUGUACUGUGGUGCUCAGUUUAGCGUAGUGCUAACUCGCGAUGGUGAAGUUUACAGUUGGGGGAAAGGUGAACAUUUCCGCCUAGGUCACGGUGGCGUAGACCAUUUUCGGUAUCCAAAGAAAGUUGAGGGUUUGGCUAACAAGAAAGUGAAAAACUUAGCCGUUGGUUCUAUGCACGUUUUGGCAUAUACACAAGAUCGAGAAAUUUAUGGUUGGGGUCGGAAUGAACAAGGACAGCUUGGGGACUUGGCUGGGACUUAUAUAGUAGAACCAACCUGUCUAACUAGCCUACGUGGUCGUCAGAUUGGUGGGAUGGCAUGUGGACCGAGUCAAGGAUUCAUAUGGAGUACAAAUAACAGUUGGACUAUAGAACCACAAAUACAAUUCGUCGUCGACCCUACAGAACAUACCUUGCAGCAUCUCAACUCUAUUUUAGACAAAGUUUGGAGUGACAUUGACGGUGAAGGAUGUUUACCUCCUUCCCGUGACAAAGAAUGCAUUGCAGUUUCUACCCUCAAUCUUUUGAAACUUCAAAUCUUCUCACUUCUCAGCCACAACUUUGAUAUACAAUCCUUAGGAGUCGCUCCUGGCCAGAAGCUGCUGUUGGAUUUGAAGCAAAAAAUUGUUACCCUUGCUAGUCAUUCCGGUGUUCAAAGUUCAAUACAAGCCGCAGCUCAAUCCGUUCUCCAAAUGGGGUGGAGUCUUCUACUUCCCACUGCGGACGAACGUGCUCGUGCUCUCUCUGCCUUGUUACCUACGGAGUCGUCGUCAGUUCCCUCUGGGCGUAAAUUUAUGGCAGACCUACUGGUUUUUAGCCUUACUGCUGAUGGAGGCCUUGAAAACGCUCUUGAAACUGCAAUAAACAUGGAAAUGAGUAGCCAAGAGAAAACUGCGAAUAAUUUCAAAAAUAGUCGACAGAUGAAAAAUAGUGAUUUUGUCGAUAGAAAUAGUUCUAUUGGAAGUGAAUUGAUUAGUGAACAAGCCAGACUAGAAAUGCAAACGAAAAGAACAGCAGAAGAAAAGAAACUGGAAAAUGAAAAGUCCUUGAAGGAUCAGCAGCAGCCACAACAACAGCCGAUUGCUUUGCUUAAUCUUGUAAAGAAACUGUUGAGAACUUCCACCUCAAUGACGAUUGCUCAAUUAAACAAUUCCAACUCUUCUGGUGCACCUUCCUCUGAAAACAGCCCUCCGGUUAAUUCAUUAAAUAGUAGUAAUAGUAACUGCCCUCCGUUCUCUACUACUAGUAAACCUGUGGAACAUAUAACUCAGAAAUAUGCAACAAUAACUGAGAGAUCUCCUAGUUUAUCGCUUCUACUUAGGUUUCAACGAUUACUGAUUUCUCGUAUCGUUUCAAUACAAACUCAGCUCAAAAAUGGAGAAUUAAUUGAAGAAACUUAUUUGCGAGGAGCAGAAUCACUCUUGGGAAAGUAUAUUUGUUUUCUUGUCGAUCAUUUGAAAGAAACACUUACGCAUGCAUCAAUUAUCAUUGAUGAAAGCCACGACAGUUUCGCUCGAUCGGCAAUGCUGGUUUCAAAAGAUGUUCUCGGCAUUCUGCUUCCGGAACUGCUUACCUCAUUACUAAUUUUGAGUAUCGGUGUUGACGCGUUUCCUGUCGUUAACCAAGUAAUUUUCGGGGACCCCUCUUUCGAUGGACAGUUCAACAAUUCAAUGAAGCCGGCUUCUCUUGGGGAGGCGUUUCUCCGAAGAUCUGGAUUUUAUGAACCGUUCUCAGAGCUUUUAGACUCUCUAAAUCAGUUCAAUAAACUGGCUCCUGCGUGGGAGAAGGAAGACAAUGAAUCUCUAGGCUGGCCUGGGAUAAUUGCUCCGACACAAUCAAGUGAUGCACAAAUUUCUCACGAAGACUUACGACUGAUUACCAAAGAAGAUAUUGAAAAUCACAAUAAAGAUGGCGGCCUUUGGGGAAUAAUUCACGGCAAAGUUUAUGAUUUGAAAGCAUUCGAAACCAGCACGGCCUACAAAACUGACUUGGCUCAAGCUGUUACCGAAGGGGAAACUGAUGUUUCUAAAGCUUUUGAAAAUUUUAAAAACUCGAGCGUUGCCAAACAGUUGAUUCCCUGUUUCCACGUGGGGACAUAUUUUCCUCGAAAUUCCAACUCUGUUAAUUUGCUGGACCCAUCAACACUUUCAUCACCAUUGAUGGAUGUACAAAGAGAUCUUUCAUUACUUCUGGGAUUAUAUUGCAACGCUCUUGUCAAUAGUCUUCCAGUAGAAGCUUGUGAGCUUGAAUCUAAAGAAGUCUUAAAUAUGAAAAUAUUUUCUGGAGGCCUUGAGGGAGUUCAUAGCAAGAGUCCAUUUGUUUUGGAAAAUUAUCCAUCUAAAUCUGCUGAAACUCCUGACGUUGACUUUCUCCGAAAUAGAGACUCGCUCAGUCUUAUCAAUAGUCAUGAAGAUGAAUCAAAUAAGGAAGAUCUUGGUAGAAAGGAUACGAUAUUCGAGCGUGAUUGGGACUGUUGGGAUGCCAAAAGUAAUGAAUUUAUCCGACACUUAGUUCGCAACAACUUUAAUGAAAUAUCAGUGCGUACAUUUGUGGGAAUGUUAGAACGUCAUGCGAAACAAAGCCAUUUACUUGUUCAUAAAGAUUUUUCGUUCGAUCACCCAGUGGAAGAGGCAGGGCGCCUGUUCCUUGCUGCAUCUUUAAAACACAUGAACCUUGCAUAUCCUAUACAUUGUUUUAUUGAACGUGAAAUGGAAGGAAAAGGUCCUGAGCCUUUUCCUGGCUUCCUCAUAGACAUGUUGUAUCAAAUUAAUCAGACAAAGUGGAAUCUAGUCAGAUCCAAACAGGAACAAAAUAAGUCAUAUCAAGAAAUUUGUAACCCAAUCAUUGCUCGCUGUCGUUUUUUGUUACAAGAAGUAAGAUGUAUAGAUGCUCCUGAAGUUAUUUCAUUUAAAAAACAAACCUUUCUCCCAAUAUCUACACGUUGGCAGAAGGCCACGAAGAAAGUAAUCAGAGAUAUUCGCUUAGCAAAAAGUGCGUCAAAAAACGCAACCCAGCGAAGUUCAAGGCCAGAAGAUAUUUUCAACAGUACAAUUCAAAGCAAGAAUACUCAUAGUCCAUGCCCUGUUUCAAGUUCAGUAAUUUCUUCGCCAAAUCGGAUCUUGAUGGAUAAUUCCAUCGCUCUGGAAGGUCCAAUAGUUGAAAUUACUUGUGCAUCAUCUGACGAGAAUCUUGAGCAGCGAACAUUGCCAUCAUCUCAUUCAGAGAAAAAGACUGAACUACGCGAAUCUCAGGACACAAAUAAAGCGGAAAUGGAUUCGUGCCAUGGCAUAUCUUUAGCUUCGAGUGAAUGCAUCGAAGGAAGUGUUUGCGAGGCAUAUAACGAAAGUACCGAAGGAAUGCCUACCGCAAAAGUAAUGUUGCCCUUCGAUACGAUUCAGAUCGAACAAUUGAACGUUCCCGACAUAGCAAAAAAAUCAUCAGAGUAUAAGUCGGCAAAGAGAAUUGGGAAAUCAAGGAAAAGAUUUUUAGUACCUGACACCACUGAUUUCAAACCAAGAUUUUCCAACAUUAUGGCAUUUGUCACAGGGAUGGGAUCUUGUAAGCAUUUGGAUGUGGACACAAUUCGUAAAGCUAUGAAAUUACAGAACGAACGUGCCGAACUUCGGCUGAAAGGAUUUGAAAAAAUUGUAGAACUGGUUGAAAAGGAAAACUUGAUCCCUUCCUCAAAGUACAUGUUGAUCAAUGGAUGGCAGGGAAUCGUGCAUUGCGGUUUAGAAAGGAGAACUUUUAUACCCAGAACGGAUGACGACAUUGGUCAAAGUUCACCAUUCAUAAAGGCAAAAGUCUUCCUGGCCCAUUCCAACCUCCUAAAGUGGGCAAUGGUUGAGCUUCGUAGAGUGACAUUGGAGUCACAAAGUCAAUCACAAAACAGCAAAAGUUUGAAUAGAGGUGCCAGGUCGAAAGAAAAUAUGAAUAACCGAGAUCGCAUGGGAUUUGGGACCUUGUCUUCUGCUAGAUUCAUUUUAGGACUUAUUGGAAUUCUUUCAACGAUCCUACAUGGGAGCGAAGUUAGUUUUUUAAUAUCGUCCGGACUCUUAUCUGUGAUUCAAACCCUACUCGCCUGCAUUGGCCCUGAUCUCAACCCGUUGACUCCGGAGAAGGCAAAGUGUCCAUCCUUAAGUGUGGCAUUUGAAGAAAUGGUGUACAAAGUGAAACCUCCCCCACCACCACUGACCGGUCCUGAAAUGGCUCUCCUAAUGAAAGUUGGAACAACCGUGGUGCGUGGAAUUGAUUGGAAAUGGGGAGAUCAAGACGGAAAUCCGCCAGUCGAAGGAAAGGUGCUCACCGAGCUGGGUGAAGACGGAUGGGUCAGAGUUCAAUGGGAGAAUGGGACCACAAACUCGUAUCGUAUGGGAAAAGAGGGUAAAUACGACUUGAAGUUGGCCGAUCCACCAGCAGCUCCGGAUACUGAAAGUGACUCAGAGUCCUUGGAUGAGGAUGGAAUUUACGAAGUUUCAAGUCAUGGAAAACAUCCCACAAGCCUUAUUAGAAAUAGUUGUAUGCAACUUAUGCGAAUCGUUUCCAUCUGUGUUGGUUUACAUUCCGAUCAAAUGCAGAAAAGUGCUAUUAGAUCUUUUGUUGCAUUGCUGAGGGAAAUACUCAUGGUUGGUUGCACGCUAAAAGAUGAAGAUCGCCAUACCGAAAAACAAUUUCUAAGCAAAGAGCAGCAUGAAGAAUGGGCUCAUCUCGGAUUUGUUCGAGCAAUUGCUGCAACAUCUAGAAUCUGUGAUGAGUUUGCUUCAAAGUCUUGGAGAGAAACAUGUUUAGAUUUAAUAGAGAAAGCUGAUCAAAACGAAUUGGAAUUGUCGAAACAGGUGCUACUACUACGUAUUUUGGCAUCAGUUCUCCCUGGUACAACUUCUCGUGUGGUAGAUCGUAACUCGUGUACCCUUCUUCUUGCCAGACUUUUAAAAAUCGUCGGCUCUCGAGUUUUGAUGACUGUGAAAGAUUUAUCAAUUGAAAACGAUGGGUACCUUGAGAAGUACGUCCCUCAUUUAAUGAAGCUAACGAUUCCAAUGACAGCCCCACACAGUAGUACCGUUGCAGAAGAAUGCAUCGCUCUUUUGAGAUCUAUGCACAAUCAAAAUUGGAAUGGGCCUAUUAAUGGACUUUUAUUGGAAAAUAUUUGCAAUCUCUUGCAAAUUUCAUUUCGCAAAUAUGUGGAGAUGCUUCUGACUAAUCAAUCAUCGAUGAUGAUCGAAGAACCAGACUUCAUCGGACGUGACUUGCUGAUUGUAGCAUCUCUCGCCGUCAUUGGUGGAUUUGAUGCUCGAAUGAGAAUUGGGGGCUUGGUUUCAAUUAAGGAAGAUAACGAUAAUAAUUUUCACACUUCUGAUCAAGCCGGAAUUCUUUGCAAAAUUAGUGCUGCUGGGAAGAUUUAUGUACAAGACGAUUUUGGCACCAUUAAGAAAUUUCCAAUAACUAGCCUCAGUCCGAUGGACGAAAUAAGCUUUAACCCUUUCUUUCUUCCGGAUACUGAUGCAACCACAGAAAUGUGGGUGGAACUAAUGUCCAUGUCAGUUUUCAAAAUAGAUGCGAAAAGUUGGAAUUUUAGUGCACAUAAUUCCGUCAACAGCGAUAUAAAUGUCCCCCUAUUACGACUUCAACUGCAACUUUUACUUGUGUUAAAAGCUACUCGAGUCUUGUUCAAGAAUCAAGUUGAAUUAAGAAAGGUUUUAAAACAAGCAUAUGUUGGGUUUGCAAAUGUUUCAACGGCGCAGUUCUUAGGCGAUGACGAGCCCUCUAGUUCUGAAUCAGAAAGUGCAGAAGUUGAUUUAGUUGUUGAAAAAGUUUUAGCUCGUGCCACUCAGCCAUCGCCAAUCAAGGCUAUAUUUUCAAGAAACGAACUGGAAGAAGCUGCCGUAGCACUAUUUCAACAUCUUGCUACUUCCUACAGGAAAAAAAGUGGAACUCAACAAACCAACAAUGAUUAUCUUAUGCCAACAUUUGUUGCUAACGAUGCUGAGCCAAGUAGGAGAUCAUCUGUGACUCAACCUCAUCAACCUGCGGAUGUCGAGGAUGAUCAACUUGUGAAGACUCCAAAUAGUGACAACUUGGCAUCUCCAUCACAUAGUUUUGUGUGUUUAAAACUAAGUAAAGUGUCUGAAAAAGAAACUAUGGGCAAUGUUUACCUCCCACCACCAUCAUCGUCAGUUGUUAAACAAUUGAUGGAGAUGGGAUUCGCAAGAAAAGUUGUUGAAGAUUCCAUCAAGAUUUUAUCCACUGACACAGUGACUCCAAGCCCAGAAACAUUGGUAGCAUGGAUGUUAGAACAUCAGGUUGGUAGAACCGAGUGCAGCAACUCUCCAAUUGACGACAGUAGUCAAAUACAAUCUUCGGGGGAAGUGCAGUUUUCAGAUUCGGACUCUUUGUCCGAAGAGUUUGAAGAUAUUGAUGCAUCGGAUCACGAUUGUUGUAUUCAGACUGAAAUUUACAGAAAACUUGCAGAAUUUCAUGAUUCUGAUGAAUACUCAGCCUAUGUGAAGGAACAUAUUUCUAUUGGAAUGACUGUCCGAUUGAUUCAACCUUGCAACGGAGUUUCUGCUGGAGAUAUUGGAAAAGUUGCACAAAUUGAUCGCAAUGGUCCUCAUGUGAAUGUCCUGGUUGACUGGCAGCAACGAGCCGCAAAAGUGACAGCUAAUUGCACGGACCUGGAACUUAUUGGCUUCCCUUUGCCCGUCGCUCAGCCUGUUCCUGCGAAUAUGCAAGAUACGUGUGCACCAGGAAUGGGCACUAUGCUCCGAGUUGGGGAUCGUGUCAGACUAAUUCCUCGCUUACAAUCCGAAUCUUACACACGAAAGAAGCAUUUACCCACCAAUUCUUCUGAAGGUAGUAAUCAGGCUGAUGAGACUGGCAUAGUCACUCAUAUCAAAGAGCACAAUGCAGUAAUCGACUUCCCACAAAGGCAAGGAUUCGUAGUUCCUAUAACUGAUAUCGUUUUAGUGCCUGGAGUUCAUCCCGGAAUUACAUGCGAUGGAUGUGAUUCUCGUCCAAUUACAGGACCAAGAUUCAAAUGCAAGAUGUGCACUAACUUUGAUUACUGUCAACUUUGCUUCUUCCAUGGCACAAAGUCCCACCCACACACUUUUAUCCGCAUUAAUGAACCCGGAGUAGCGUCAAUAUUUGCUGGGAAACCUGGGAAGCAUCGGGACGGAUCUACGACCACCGGUGGUUCAGAAGGCAUAGCUGUAUGCAUUCCUGGAGUUUUGGACGAUUGGUCAAAAUGUGUUAGGAAUAUAAGUGUGUCAUCCCUGGAGACUUGGGCUCAACGGCUUGUGGAUGGCAAUCCACUCACAUUCUGGCAGUCGUGUGGUACUCAAGGCAAACAUUGGAUCUUACUCGAGAUGCACUCCAACGUUCUCAUUCAAAACCUAAAGAUGAUGGUCAAUCCGGACGACGGGAGCUACAUGCCCUCAAAGCUAGCAAUUAACGUAGGAAACUCCACGAGGAGCAUGAAGCAACUAGCUUACAUCAAUGUCGGCCCGAAUGCCACAACUGUCGUUCUGUUGGCUGAACUGAAGGAAUAUUAUCGCUUCCUAGAAAUUAAUAUCCUCCAGUGUCGCAAUGGUGGAAUAGACUGCAGAGUUCACGGACUUACAAUAGCUGGACGGCUUCGAACUGAUUGUGAUGCUCUAUUCAGCGCCUUUUGGUUCCUAGCUUCGGAUGGUGAAGAUAUUGAUGACAUUGACGAUGGUGAACAAUGUGUCAACACGUCAACAGCGCCUCAUGGGAGAAGACUUAGUGGAAUAGAAACAAGUGGUUCGAGUCAACUUCGACGAGAUAAUCCAGUUAAAGUGUUCGUCUGGGGUUUAAAUGACAAGGAUCAAUUAGGCGGCCUACGUGGUUCCAAAGUCAAAAUUCCAAUCUACUCGGACAUGAUCUCUGCCCUGAAACCAGUGCACAUUGCUGGAGGCUCAAAAUCUUUAUUUAUUGUGAGUCACGACGGGAAAGUGUUUGCUUGCGGAGAAGGGGCAAACGGACGACUGGGUCUGGGACACUCCAACAACGUAUCAAUCCCCCAACAACUUACCACCCUGGCUCCUUAUGUAGUGAAAAAAGUUGCUGUUCACUCUGGAGGUAAGCAUUCAAUGGCCUUAACUGUGGACGGAAAAGUGUUCUCCUGGGGAGAAGGUGAUGAUGGCAAGCUAGGACACGGAAAUAAAGUCACAUACGACAAGCCAAAGCUCAUUGAGGCGUUAAAGUCAAAAAGAAUCAGAGACAUUGCAUGCGGAAGUUCUCACUCGGCUGCCAUCACGUCGGGUGGAGAACUUUUUACCUGGGGACUUGGCGAGUAUGGGCGACUUGGUCAUGGAGAUACUAUUACACUGCUUAAACCCAAAAUGAUAAGAGCACUGGAAGGACACCGUGUCGUUCAAGUUGCAUGUGGCAGUCGAGACGCUCAAACGCUCGCACUAACCGAAACUGGUCAAGUUUAUUCCUGGGGAGAUGGCGAUUUUGGAAAACUUGGUCGAGGUGGGAGCGAUGGAUGCAGUGUUCCCCACAAUAUUGAACGGCUGAAUGCCCUUGGAGUGUCCCAAAUCGAGUGUGGAGCUCAGUUUUCAUUAGCAUUGACAAAAUUCGGUCAAGUGUGGACCUGGGGAAAAGGGGAUUAUUUCCGUCUGGGCCACAACGUUGAACAGCAUGUUAGAAAACCAACGUUGGUGGAAGCCCUGAGAGGAAAGAAGAUUUCCCACGUUGCUGUUGGUGCGUUGCAUUGUUUAGCAGUGACGGAAACGGGUCAGGUUUACGCUUGGGGAGAUAAUGAUCACGGCCAACAAGGAAAUGGAACCACGGUCGUGAAUAGAAAACCUACUUUAGUUCAGGGAUUAGAAACUUCUAGAAUUGUAAAGGUUGCUUGUGGAUCAUCUCAUAGCAUCGCAUGGAGUGGUUCUGAAAGCUCAGUAUCAAGAACAAAUGAAGCAGUUCUUUUCCCUGUUCCCAAAGAUCCACUUGGAAAUUAUUCACUUGGCUUUCGAAAUAUCACGGAGGAUGAAUUUAGACCCGAACAUGACUUUAGUGGUGCUAGUGGCGGAGGAGGCGGCGGCGGCGGGGGCGAUGAGCCAGUACAACAAUCUUCGGCUGCGAUAACUUCCAGUGUUCAUUCUGCCGCUGCAUCUCCAACUGGAGUGACACCAACCUUAAACGCGUGUGAAUGUGUUCCAAAGAAACAGCACGACCGGAAUACAUGUCCACUUCGGAGACCUACUCGUCCGUCCUUAUCCAAAAUUGUCUUAUCCUUGCAAACACUGGGAUCUCAGCACCAGGCGUUGCAGCAUAUUCUCAACGCUUUGCAAAUUAUCAAUGCCAGAGAGGCGAUCGUUGCAGCUCUACAAUCGGGAACAACAUCGUCAACUUCUGUUGACCAGGAAAUUCACCCACAUCUUUUCCGUGGAACUAAUAAAGAUUUGGAUUCCAAUCUGGAGUCAGCCAUGAGCUCUCCAUCACUAUCCAGCCUAUUCAAUUCUGUGAAUGGUUCGGCGACAAAAGAUGACUAUGCUGAAGGAGGAGGUGAAGCCCCAGCGGAUGGAACGCUAGAUUUAUUCAACGACGGAUUAAGUCCUGAAGUAGAUUGGAAUGGAAUGCCAUCGUCCACUAGCGCUGCGGGUACAUCUGCUGCUGGCAGUUUCUCCUCCAGAAUCUCUCAACUCAGCGAAGGGAGCGAGAUCAGCGUCAUUGCUGCCAUGGCUUCUGAAACAAACUUUCUGGAUCCAAAUUGCUUGGAGCAACGACGUGCUUCAUCCAACGACUUUGAGGGUUUAUUUUCUCAGGAAGAAGCUUGUGUACUUGUGGACCUCUUAAAACUGGGCGUUGCAAAUAGAGCGGGACCCAAUGCCAAGGAUGCAAUAGCAUCAAUUUUGUUGGCCUUGAGUAAAACGCAGCCAUCAGUUUCCGAAAUGCUUUUGGAGUUAUGUGUAACAGAAUUAGAAGAUGUCGCCGCCGAUUUAGAUAACACAAGGACAAUGCCACUACCUGUUCUUCAGGAAAGUAGUCACCCUUACAACGACAAUUCAUUUCUCAUGGGAAAAGUUAAGAUUCCAGGUGCUGAAGCGCUGCGAAUUGAAUUCGAUCAUCAGUGUUCAACUGAACGCCGCCAUGACCUACUGAAAAUAAUGGAUGGUUCUGGUCGGGUUGUUGCUGUUCGCUCUGGAAGAGAUCUUGCUGACUGGGCUUCGAUUCGUGUGAUAGGAGACGAAUUAAUGUGGAGAUUCUCUAGUGAUAGUUCUAUAAAUGGUUGGGGUUGGCGUUUCACGGUAUUCCCCAUUAUGCCUUCAUUCGGCUUGAAUGAUUUGCUAUCUGACCGAACCAUUUUGUCGAGACCAUCAAUGAACGUAGUGAUGUGUCUGUUGGAACAAAAUCUGGACAUCGAACCCAAUGACAAGGGAAUGUAUUUAGCAAUCCGUCUAGUAGCAGCCCUUUCAGCCUGUGCUCAGGUAUCUUCACUUGGAGCAGGGGAAAGAAUGUGGGCGUUGCAGAAACUACGAAAACUCCUCACAACGUUACCGAAACUCAUGGAAACUCCAUUCCAGAGUCUUCUUCGUUCUAAAGGAGCAGAUGAUCCUCAUCUGAAAAGCAUUACAAGGUUGCCCAGUUCUGGAGGAGAGUCCAACGCCGCCAGUGGGAACAAUUCUGUUGCAAGCUUGUCAUUUUCUGCGGGAAAUGCUGCUCUCGAUGUUGCGUCCAGCAUUUCGUCGUCAUCAUUUUUCAUUUCUAGAGGAUUACGGGGACUACCUGAUCUCCUGCUGAAACAAUUUGACUAUGAGGAACCAGUGGUCCGAGCAGGCAAACAUUUAAUGUUUAGUCCAUUUUUUAAGGUCCUAGCAGCUUUAGCAUGCGAUCUUAAUGUGGAUAGCAUGCCAGUUGUUGUGGAAAGUUAUCGCUGGUCCUGGUUUAAGAAGUAUUGCCUCGCGGCCCGAGUAACUUCCAGCCUUUUAAAUAGACAAGAGUUGCCGCCCGCUUUCAUUGUCGAAGUGUCAAAGAAACUGGCAGAGAUGGUUCCUGACGACGAGCAAAUUACAGAUGAGUAUUUUAGUCCAUCAUUAUUCAAACAAGAACACGACGAGCAGCUUCUUCAAUGGCUGCACCGUCACCCAGAAACAUGGACGCUAUCAUGGGGAGGAACAGGCGCAAUAUAUGGAUGGGGACACAAUCAUCGUGGCCAACUAGGAGGGGUUGAAGGAGCAAAAGUGAAAGUUCCAAAUCCCUGCCAGUCUCUAUCAGCCUUACGACCUGUACAAAUCGUUGGUGGAGAGCAAACUCUGUUCAUGGUAACUGCGGAUGGGAAAGUUUUUGCUACAGGCUAUGGUGCUGGAGGCCGCUUGGGUAUUGGGGGAAUUGAGUCUGUUUCGACACCGAGAUUGCUGGAAUCCAUACAACACGUGUUUAUUAAAAAAGUUGCAGUCAAUUCAGGAGGAAAACAUUGUUUGGCACUUAGCACCGAUGGUGAUGUGUAUUCAUGGGGAGAAGGCGAUGAUGGCAAGCUAGGACACGGGAAUAAAAGCAACUGUGAUCGACCACGGGUGGUAGAGGCGCUGCGGGGAAAAGAUAUUGUGGACAUUUCUUGCGGUGGAGCUCAUAGUGCGGCGUUAACAGCUCGUGGAGAACUGUUCACCUGGGGCAAAGGCCGAUAUGGAAGACUUGGUCAUGGAGAUGGAGAAGAUCAACUUCGUCCAAAGCUGGUUGAUGCAUUGAAAGGUUGUAAAGUGGUUGAUGUUGCUUGUGGAAGUGGUGAUGCUCAAACCGUGUGCAUCACGGAUGAUGACUGUGUGUGGUCAUGGGGAGACGGUGAUUAUGGGAAGCUUGGUAGAGGUGGUUCUGAUGGUUGCAAGGUACCUAUGAAAAUCGACUCACUCAGCGGUCAAGGGGUACUAAAAGUCGAAUGUGGGUCACAAUUUUCUAUUGCCCUAACCCGUGGGGGAUGUGUGUAUACAUGGGGGAAAGGCGACUACCACCGAUUAGGUCAUGGAACUGACGAGCAUGUUCGCCGACCAAAGAAAGUCGCUGCUCUCCAAGGAAAAAAAGUAGUUGCAAUUGCCACUGGUUCACUUCAUUGUGUUGCUUGCACCGAACCAGGAGAAGUUUACACAUGGGGCGACAAUGAUGAGGGUCAACUAGGUGACGGCACGACUAAUGCAAUUCAACGUCCCCGACUCGUAAUGGCACUCCAGAACAAGAAGAUUAAUCGAGUCACGUGUGGUUCCGCUCACACGUUGGCAUGGAGCACGAGUAAACCCUCUACAGCAAGUCGGCUCCCACACGAAGUUCCAAUGGAAUACGAUCUCCUAAAGGACAUUUCAAUGAAUACGUUAAGAAAUCGUCUAGUUCUGCUCCAUCACUUUUCAGACAUUUUCUGUCCCAGCGUUACCAUGUUUCUGCUGGGACAUGAGUCAGCAUCAGAAGGCCUGAUUAGUUUCGACACAAAUAAACUGCGUGGACUGCUGGUGUCCACCGCGAAGGAAGCAGCCUUUAGGAAAGUUAUUCACGGAACUAUGGUGAGAGAUCAGCAGUGUGGACCAGUAAUCGAACUGAACAGGAUUCAAGUAAAGAAAUCGAGAGGAAAAGGUGGAUUCGCUGGACCGGAUGGGAUAAAAUCAGUCUUUGGUCAAUUGCUCUCCAAAGUCCACCUCCUAACACAAGAGUCGCUGUUUCUCCCUCAUCGAGUGUGGAAAGUUAAAUUUGUUGGAGAAAGCGUUGAUGAUUGUGGUGGUGGAUACAGUGAAAGCAUUGCAGAGAUUUGUGAUGAGCUCAUGAAUGGUUCUCUCCCAUUGUUAAUUCCCACCCCAAAUGGCAGGGAUGAAGCUGGAACUAGUCGGGACUGCUUUCUCCUCAACUCUGCAGCCAAAUCACCUCUUCACAUAAAGAUGUUCCGGUUUCUUGGGAUGUUGAUGGGAAUUGCAAUCAGAACAGGGAGUCCUUUGAGCUUGAAUUUAGCUGAACCAGUUUGGAAGCAAUUAGCAGGAAUGACAUUAUCAACAAUGGAUAUAGGGGAAGUAGAUCGGGAUUAUCUUCCAGGAUUGCUAUAUAUUCGUGACUACGAAGGGGACGAUCAACCUUUAGCAUUUUUGGAUUAUCCAUUUUCAACACAGUCUGCAGCGGGUCACGAAAUCAAUCUUUCGCCUCAUUACAAGAAAAUCACGAUGGAGAACCGCGGAGAAUUUUUUAGGCUUGCCGUAAAUUAUAGACUUCACGAGUUUGAUGAUGCCGUGGCAGCAGUUAGAGAGGGAAUGUCCAGAGUCGUCCCUGUACCUUUAUUAUCUUUAUUUACGGGUUACGAGUUGGAGACGAUGGUUUGUGGAUCUCCGGAAAUUCCACUUGGUCUCCUCAAAUCUGUGGCUACGUACAAAGGAAUUGAACCUACGGCUCCCUUAAUCCGGUGGUUUUGGGAAGUGAUGGAAGAGUUCUCAAAUCAGGAACGAUCUCUGUUCUUGAGGUUUGUUUGGGGUCGUACAAGACUUCCGAGAACAAUAGCAGAUUUCAGAGGACGGGAUUUUGUAAUUCAGGUGAUGGAUUCUAUGAGGUCUACGUUCCUCCCUGAAAGUUACACAUGUUUCUUUCUUUUGAAAAUGCCUCGAUAUUCUUGCAAAUAUGUUCUAAGGGACAAAAUAAAGUAUGCCAUCCAUUUCUGCAAGUCAAUCGAUACUGACGAAUAUGCUCGAGUGAAUAUUCCUGGAAAUGAGAUGCCCAUGGACAAUACUGCAAUUGAAACCACGGAUGAGACCGAUGAUGGGCUGACUGAUGAAGAGGAAAUGUAUUACCCAUUUCUCGUACGAUCCCAAAGGUCCCCUGGAAAUCCAGGACGAAGUAGUAAUCCACGUUUACCAUCGUUGGAGGAUACAGAUUCGCCAUAAUCAUUGUCAGUAUUAUAGCUGACACUCUAACAUCUAAUGAGAAAAUCUAUAAACUCAAUUACGAAUUAUUGUUAAAUAUUAUUGUUAAAUAUUAUUAUUUAUCUUGUUGAACUCAUUUAAUUAGUCAAACCAGGAUGGGUUUAUUUUGAAACUGUCAAUGUAACCAACCAAAUUCCCAGUGAUCUUAUAGAUAUUAGAAGUAAGUAAUGUGUAAUAGUAUGUAUCCUAUGUGAUAUUUCUUUGAUUUGUAAAGUUGUCGUCAACAUCAUUUAUGCAAAUUUCUAUUUAUUAUACCAUUGCAAAAUUAUUUUAAAAUCUGUAUGUGAAUCAAUAAUGCACGCCUUUUUAUACUCGUAUUUUUAUAUGCAUUUUUCGUGCAUAAAUGUAUAUUUACAAAAUGUCAUUUUAAAUGCAAAGAGCCAACACAAAUCAUUGUUGUAAAUAUGUCACUCACUACUUUAUAUGAAAUGGAAAUUAUCCAUCGUGUGAUACAAAAGACUUUUAACCCUUGCAUUUUAUACAGCAAUAUAAUUUUAUGCAUCCAAUAAGAAUAUCUGUAACCAGAGAAAACAUAUUUCAGGGAUUCUAUUUAUACAUGUAGUUAUAAAGUCAAAUAACAGGUCUUAAGUAUGGUAUCGGUCAACAAUGCAAGCUUUUGUGACCUAGUCGGGUAAUGUGGUUAUGUUGUAUGGUUAGUAAUUUUUACAGUGCUCACGAUGGAACCAAUGCUGUAAAUUCCUACAAAUAAUUAAGUAAUCAUUUUAACUAUGGUGGUGCUUUUCGUGCAUGGUGGAUGCCAAUUUUUGUGUUCGAACGUAAUCUUAUAAUAAUAAUUAUUAUAUGACUACAUUAUCAUUACAAUAAUACUUGUCCUCUGCUAAAGUCGCAUAGGGAAUUCGCACAGAUUUCCAUUCACGGUGUAUGCCUUUUAAUAUACAUAUAGUUACUGUACUGUAUUGUUUUGUUUACUUUUGUUUUCAAUACUUUGUUUCUACGCAUGAUUUUAAUACGAGCCAAUAAAAAACACAGAACUGAUUUUAA